UACCUUCUGUGCUUCCUUGUCUUGCAGUGACCGUGUGUGAGCCCAAUACCAUGUCCGAGGCCGGCGUGCUUCAGCAGCCUCACUCUGUUGCCUUCAGUGACUCUACCUGUAGUUCAGGCACCAAUUCAGCAGCCCUUGAUCAUGUUUUGGAUAUGGCCAAUGAGUCCUCUGAGGAGGAACCUACAGUGGAACGGGAAGAAAAGACAGCUGACCCCAACGCUGUCACCAAUAACCUGGAGGGCUGCGAUGAACACACCUUGAACACACAAACAGUAAGUGCCCAGCGCCCAGACACUCUGCCAGUGCCAGCAGCAGCAUCAAAGUCCAACUUGUGGACAAGUCAACCCGAUGGCGAAGUGAAGCUCCGCAUGGAGGACCGCGGCCUGGCUGCGGAGACCCCCUUGACAGUCCAUCAGCUCUUUACAUCAGCUGUGAGGAAGUUUGGCAAGUUUACUGCUGUGAGCUGGAAAGAAGGCGAGCAGAAGAGGAGCUUGAACUACAAGCAAUAUUAUGAGACGUGUCGCGUAGCAGCCAAGAGCUUCCUGAAGCUUGGGUUGCAGCGUUACCAUGGCGUGGGUAUCCUGGGUUUCAACUCUGUUGAGUGGUUCAUCGCUGACAUUGGAGCCAUUUUGGCUGGUGGCUUCGCUGUGGGCAUCUACACAACCAACUCCCCAGAGGCAUGCCAGUAUGUGGCGGACAACUGCAAGGCCAAUAUCAUUGUGGUGGAGAACCACAAGCAGCUGCAGAAGAUUCUUCAGGUCCAAGACAGUUUGCCACACUUGAAAGCCAUCGUCCAGUACAAGGGUGCGCUGAAAGAGAAGAGACCAAAUCUGUACAGUUGGGCUGAGUUCAUGGAACUGGGACGUGACGUUCCCGACGUUACGCUUGAUGAGAUCAUCGCUAGCCAGAAGCCUAAUCAGUGCUGCACGCUCAUCUACACCUCAGGAACCACCGGCCAGCCCAAGGGUGUCAUGCUCAGCCAUGACAAUCUGACAUGGACUGCGCUCUCCACCGGCAAGCACGUGCGCCUGACAGACGCCACUGAGUCCCAGGAGGUGGUGGUCAGCUAUCUCCCCCUCAGCCACAUCGCCGCCCAAAUGGUGGACAUCUGGCUGACCAUGAGAGUUGGCGGGGUUACGCACUUUGCCGACCCAGAUGCACUUAAGGGCUCGCUGGUGAACACCAUGAAGGAAGUGCGGCCCACAGCCUUCAUGGGGGUGCCACGUGUCUGGGAGAAGAUGCAAGAGAAGAUGAAGGCCACCGGAGCAAAAUCGUCCACCGUUCGCCGCAAAGUUGCCGCCUGGGCCAAAGACGUGGGUCUGCACACCAAUUUGAGCAAGAUGAAUCAGACCAGAGCUGGGGACCACACACCGUUGAGCUACCAAAUAGCCAAGAAACUUGUGUUCAAGAAGGUACGCAAAGCUUUGGGCCUGGACCGCUGCUACAGGUGCUACACGGGUGCUGCCCCCAUUACCCGGGACACGCUGGAGUUCUUUCUCAGCCUGGAUAUUCCGCUGUACGAGCUGUACGGCAUGAGCGAGAGCACCGGACCUCACACCAUCUCCAUCCCAGAUGCCUUUCGGAUCACAAGCUGCGGCAAGGAGAUCCCGGGGUGCAAGACCAAGUUGCACAAACCAGACACAGAGGGGAAUGGCGAAAUCUGCUUCUGGGGUCGCCACGUCUUCAUGGGUUACCUCGGCAUGCCCGAGAAGACUGAGGAAGCUCUGGAUUCGGAGGGCUGGCUGCAUUCUGGCGACCUGGGCAAACACGACCGCAAUGGAUUCCUCUUCAUCACCGGCCGAAUUAAAGAGUUAAUCAUCACAGCAGGGGGCGAGAACAUCCCUCCCGUGCCUACCGAAGAUGCAGUUAAGGACGCCCUCCCGCUGAUAAGCAACGCCAUGCUGAUAGGAGACAAGAGGAAGUUUCUGUCCAUGCUGCUCACCAUUAAGUGCGAGGUUAACGGUGACGGUGCCCCGCUGGACGAGCUUACUCCAGAGGCCGUGGAGAUCUGCAAGAAACUGGGCAGUAAGGCCACCCGCGUCUCAGACCUGGCGGGCGGCCGUGAUCGAGCUGUCAACGCGGCCAUCCAGGAGGGCAUCAACCGCGUCAACGAGAGAGCCACCUCCAACGCUCAGCGUGUACAGAAAUGGUACAUUCUCCAGCAGGAUUUUUCCAUCGUCGGAGGGGAGCUGGGUCCCACCAUGAAGCUGAAGCGGCCUGUGGUGUCCAAAAUGUACAAAGAGCAGAUUGAGAACUUUUACAAGGAAGUGACUUCUCCGACGACCCCCGACAACCCGUUAGCCCCCAAAUAGAGAAACAAGAGGCUCACUCCGUAGACGAGCUCUUUCCUCCCAUUUAUCCAGCUACCCAUUAACCAUUGUUCUCGAGUCAUGUUUUUUGAUUGCCUUACUUGUGUGGGUAAGAGGAAGCCAUUGUAAAUGAAAUAAGCUUUAUGAUUGUUCUCAACUAUUUAUUUGUGUUGCAUCCAGAUGUGAAGUAACAGCAAAGAAAAGCUUUUUUGUGAUGAUCAUAUCAUUAUAAUACUUGAAAAGAAAACAAAGAAUCCCCCACCCCCUCGAAAAGAGAAAAUAUUUAAUGUUUGGAAAAAGGUUGCAUUAAAUAGUCAAUUUUUCAGUUUACAUGGGUCAGAUUAUCUUCAGAAGGAGAAACAUUUCAAGUGAAAUGCCAUCUUUUUACUUGUUGUUGUUGUAGUAGACCUUCAAGGAUUUGAAGCAAAUCCUUCAUUCAUGGAUCAGUUGAAAAAGAAGUAUCGCGUUUAAAUGGUGUUCAGGUUGCACUCUGUAUCUGCUAAAAACAUGUCACAAGCCCUGUAGCUAAAGGUUUUUGGCUGAUGUGACUCUGCAUCGGAGGCUCGGGUGUUUGCACUGGUUCGAGCCUCUGACGUGUGUGUUCGCUUGCUGUGCUCUUACAUGGUUGUGUAUUGUAAAUAGGAUUUUGCUUUAAACCUCCAUGUUUUUUUUGUUGAACUUGGAAACUACUAGUAGAAGUAAAAUGACACCAUGUUGGAAUACAGUCAACUGGCAUUCAUAUCAGCUGCCUUUAAGUUCUCCAUCCAAACCGUCGCCACACUUGCAAUUUAUACCAAAUCUUAGGAUGCGGGCAAACUGGCCACGUGCAUUUAGUUCUCCCAGAAGACAGUUGAAAACAAAAGUUGAUGAAAUCCAAAGAGCUGUAACUUAAAUGAAGAGAAUAUUGUAGGACUUUGUAGCACUCUUGUGAAUGUUACAACACGGUGGCUUUGGAGGCACUGGGUCAUUCAAACCACCUGAAAUUCAGGGUUUAUGUGGUGUAAUUAUAUCAACCAUGUUAUGUUGUUUGUAUAGGAUUGGGGAUGUGAGUGAGGUUUCCUCCUGUAAAGUUACAUAGGUUGGGCCAUCAGAAUUUGUUCAUCAUUUCACACAACUUAAUGAAGGAGCCGUGUGUUUGUUGAGCUCUGAGGUUUCC